AUGGCCAUCCUCCGAGCAUCGAGCGGCGGCCUGCUCCGUGCCGCCGCCGGGCGCCGCGCGGCCCCACCCGGCCGCUCCGUGCUGGCGGCGACGGCUGCGACGACUCCGCGGCUUCACGUCCGCGGUGUGAAAGACGACCUCGGCGGGCCGGGCGGACAGGAGCCCCCGCCGGAGAAGCCCAGCGGGACUGAUGCGAUCCGCAGGAACUGGGUCCCCCUCGGCGGCGCCGCGCUUCUCCUCGUCGGCGCCUACGCCUACCUCACCGGCGGGCCCACCAAGCCGACGGGCGUGCCCGUCAUCCCCCCCGAGACCGAGACGGCCGUGGGCGUCGGCGUCGGCAAGGAUGCGAGCCCCGGAGCGGAGCAGCACGCCGUCGCCAAGCUGGCCAAGAAGCUCGAGGACAAGGAGUCGGAGAGCCUGGCGCAGCUGAGCGGCCGCAAGAAGUCUGAGUUUGGGCCCUUUCGAUCUGAGUGA